CAGGUGUCAAGAUGUCAAAUGGACUCAGUUUAGAAACUGGGACAGAUGAGAGUAGUCGGAGUUCAAAUUAUUUGGUAUAGAAAUAAAUUUAGAGUUAAGUUAGAUAAUGGAUGCUGCUCGUGUUUAUGAAAGAUACCUGAGAGCAAAGAUUCGCGCGGAACGGCUAAAUUGCUUAGCCUUGGCGUUAGAUGAAUCGCUGAAAAAAUCUAGGAUCCGUGACCGUUUGAGUGGUGGACGCUUAACUGGAUUUAAUGAUUCCUCGCCUAUGUCGUUUAUGCCAAUACCCGUACCCACGUGCGGAGCGAAGCCCGAUAACUGUCCAUGCAAUGCUCCACCACACCCCACCUGCCCGGAGAGGCUAGCCAAUGAGAAGGAGUUGGUAAGAAAAGAAAAAGACGACUCAGACAAGGAGAAAAACCGGCAGAAACCCAAAGAGAAAAACAAAUACAUAUGCAAGUGCAAGCUGCCGGUGAUUGUUGUGCCCUCAAAGCGGUCUAUCGAAAAAGGAUCCAGUUCCAAGACGCGUUUCAAGUGCUGUCUAUUCAGAGAGAAGGAGGUCCCCAAGAAGAUGCCACAGGAAUGCCCGAAAGCUCCCGAAGUUGCGCCAAAAGAAAUACCCAGAUGUCCCUCAACAAGAAGCUUACCACGCGAUAAUGCGGAGCCAAUCUCAAAUCCAAAUCGAACUCCGAGUCCGACUUCAAAUCCCAUUCCAAGCACAAAGCCCAAGGAAUCCGCAAAGAGCGUCAGGUAUCAAUCGAAGCAAACGGAAACAGAUAAGAUGAAAUGUGCCGAAUGCGAGAAGAUACCAGAAAUUACUCAGGAAUUAUGCGCGCUGAAGAAGAAAUUGGAAAAGCAGAUCGAAGAGGAAAUCGACCAAAAGCAGAAAUUGAACAUAAUGAACGAUCAGUUGAAACAGCUCUGCGAGUGUGUUAAGGGUCUAUCCGAUAAGUACAAAUGCUUGGAGACUGCCAGGGAAACACUGCUUAAGGAACCACCUAAAGAGCCACCCAAGGAGCCACACAAGGAGCCACCCAAGGAGCCACCCAAGGAGCCACCCAAGGAGCCCAAGCCCAGCCCUGCUGACAGUGGUCAAAAGAAGAAUACAACAACGAACAAAGGUGACAUCCCGCUUGAGCGCAAGGCCUCGAGCUUGUGUGAGUUCUGCAAGAACAAAGAUCUGCCUAUUAUCAACACGAUGCAGUUCUCACUGUUCAAGAUAAUGGGCAAGCGGUGCUUCGAGGAUAUUACUCUGACUAUUUUGCUGCGGGCGGACAAUAUUUACCAUGUGAACGUGCGGGACAUUGCCAGCGGCACUGUGCUGGGCUGCCUGCUGGUCACCGAUGAUGGCAUCAAGGAGGCCAACAGCCUGGGCCUGUUCCAGGAAAUACUCACGUUCUGUGUGAUUGAUGUGCGCAAUACCAUCAAUACCAAUGGUUCUGUCUUUGGCGGCAUCAACUUUGAGUUCGUGCAUGAACAACGUCUGACCGGCGGCAAUGCAUUAGGCGGUUAUGCCCAACGGCAAACGUUCGAAGAGGAGGUACAGAGUGAGCUGUACGAUUCGGAUUACUAUCAAACUGAUGCCCAAGGCUCCAAUGACUUGGAUUACUGUCCAAUUGAGACUGAAGCGUCCGAGCUGCAAACGGAAGACGAUGAUGAAUUUCAGCCAGAAGUGCGAUUCGAUUCGAAAUUUUCCAUCAACAAUGUCACGAAGUCCGGCCGGUGCGUAACCAGGACAUUCUCAGUUAACUCAACGACCUCAAGACGGAAAUCCAGACUGAAGAAACGGAAGCCCAGGAUAAGCGUGUCCGAUGUGAUUCGCAAAAUCAACACCUACAGUAGCUCCAUGGUGCUAACGGACACGGAGACCAAGUAUCCCGUGCGCAACAUUCACAUCACCUCCCAGCUGGACUAUUCCUCCCACUCUGAAUGCGAUGACGACGAUUUACCCAUAACUGCAAAGCAAAUUUAAUUUUAAUGGCUCGCUAGCUGCUCGAUCUGUCACAAACUUUGGAAAUUACCAAAUUUUAAUGUGUUUCACUUAUGUAAAUGACUUUCAAAUGAAAUAAAAUGACUCAGAUAAUAUUAGGUUUUAA